UGUGUAUUUAUUAUUCAGACAACAUAACUUAAAUUAAUCGAAGUCCUCAAUUUAAUACAGUAGCGGUUAUGGUGUAGUUGUUAUUUAUUUUAAUUUUUAUUUAUUGUCAACAUCGUACUGCACUCCAUCCACAAGCAUGCCUUCAUCAACAACAAUUCAGGUGAAAAUGCUGGAUGAUUCCAUCAACUCAUAUGAAGUGAAGCCAUCGAGUUGUGGAAGUGUGCUAUUGCAAGCCAUUAUGAAAGACCUGGAUGUUCUGGAAUCUGAUUAUUUUGGUGCAUCGUAUGAUAAUGGUGAUGGAUUGACAUUUCUUGAUCCGCUUCGUGAAAUUGGAAGACAAAUUAAAAAACUUGAGAGCACAGUACUUAGUUUUGGUGUAAAGUUUUUUACACCUGAUCCGAGUCAAAUGCAAGAUGAGUAUACUCGAUAUCUCUUUGCUCUCCAAAUCAAACGAGAUGUGAACAACGGAACUUUACAAUGUGCGGAGAACACUGCCCUAGAGAUUGCAUCAUAUAUAGUACAAGCGGAAUUCGGGGACUGGAAUGCCGCAGAGUGUUCCGAUGGUUCGUACUUAAACGACAUGAAAAUCUUUCCCAAUCCUACACCUCAGCAUUUGCAAAAAAUUUCUCAACUCCACAGGAAUUUAAUAGGAAAGAAACCAGAUGAAGCUGAUUACAGUCUUUUAGAUGUUGCUCGAAGAUUAGAAAUGUAUGGCGUAAGAUUGUAUCCAGCUUUAGAUGCUCAAAACGCAGAAAUAAAAUUGGGUGUUUCUCAUGCCGGUGUCACUGUAUUCCAGGGGAUAAAGCGAAUCAAUAAUUUCAAUUGGUCCAGAAUGAGGAAAAUGAGCUUCAAGAGAAAACGAUUUCUUUUAAAACUGCUGAAUGAUCCAGUGCAACCCAGUGGGCGAAAAGGAUACGGGAACAUACUAGUAUUUGUAAUGAAGAGCCGAGACGCCUGCAAAAACUUUUGGAAAUUAUGCAUUGAACAUCACGCUUUCUUUCGACUAGAAGUUCGACCGAAGAUGAAGCCUAAGCCUGUGCUCUUGUCGAGAGGCUCUUCAUUUCAUUACAAUGGUAAAACUCAAAAGGAAUUAUUGGAGUUAGUACGAAAUAGCAAUUUUCGAAGAACUAAUUUUGUUCGUACAACGAGCCGUAGGAGGACGCAUCAUUAUGCUCCGACUCAAGCAAGUGCUGUCAAUGAAGCCAAAAAUUCAAAACCGGAACUGAACUUGCAAGACAUGACAAUUACUCAAAACAAUACAACAAAUAGCAAUGUAACAACGCCAUCAAGUUCAACUUACACUGAAGAUCAAGGAAGUUACAGAGUUAAUGAUUCCUCAUUCAGAAGUCCAGACACAGAGGCAAGUGUGACAACUGCGGACAUAACUCCUGACAGCAAUCAAAAAUCUGUAAUGCCAGAGUGGCAAAUGGAGAGUAAAAGUUUACAUAGCAGUGCCACACCAAUCGGAGAACAAGAAAAUGUUCAAGAAGUCACAGAAGUUAAAGAGAAAAAAGAAGUGGAAGUUACCCAGCAACAACACAAUGAAUCAGUGUUACCCAAAGUCAACCUACAUUCAGGCGGUCAACAUUCAAGUGAUGAUGCUUCUACUCCUCCUGCUCUACCUGCAAAAGAACAGCAAUCAACAAUCAAAACAACAGCGGAAGAAAAUGUGGAUACAAGCACCAGGGAACUAAAAAUGGCCUCUGUUGGAGAUUCGCAAAAACAUCCUACUGAUACAGCAUACUAUAUUGCAAAAGAAUUUCUUGUGACUGAGAGGAGUUAUAUAAAAGAUUUGGAAGUAAUCGACAAAGGAUUCAAAUUGGCUCUGGAAAAAGCAUCAGCAAAUACAGAUGGGGGACAUCUGCUUUCUGAAGAUGUUGCAAAUCAAAUAUUCAACACAACUGAUUCACUGCUGUCAGUUCACCAACAAUUUAAAAAAGAUCUCGAGACGAGAAUGGUCUCAUGGGAAGGACCACCCACCAUAAAUUCAACAGAAAAUGAUGAAACGAAAAGUGAAAAUAUCGAUGAUAUUUUGAUAUCACAGCUCCAACGCAUCAAGAAAAUAUUUCAUUUGAUUGAAAAUGGCGAAGAUUUAGUUAGAACCAUAGAAAACGCUUGCAAUGGGGAUGAACGAAUUGACCAAGUUUGCAGAGAUUUCGAACUCCAAAAAAUAUGUUACAUUCCAAUCACUAGAUUUCUGCUUCAACCAAUGCAACGCGUCAUCCACUACUCUGUUCUGUUUGAUCGCCUACUCAGACAUUAUACCCAGGAAGGAAAAGCUAGUGAACACAAUGAAUUGAGAUCUGCUACAAAUGACCUAAAUACCAUCUCCUCUUCAUUGAAACCCAAAUUACAAAGAGCUCACAAUUUCCAAAAACUUGCUCAACUGCGACAUGACCUCAUCGGUGUUGAUAAUCUAGUGACGAAUGACAGGAUUUUCGUUCGUGAAGGAAGUUUGUACAAAUUAUCAAGAAAAGGUUUCCAACAACGUUUGUUUUUCUUGUAUUCUGGUUGCUUGCUAUAUACCAGUAAAGGAGUCACAUCAACAAACCAGUUCAAAGUACAUGGAGAGUUACCACUGCAUGGAAUGAUUAUUGAAAUCAAUGACAGUGAUCGUGCAGUGCCAAACUGUUUCAGUAUAUUGUCAGGUUCAAAAACAGUUGUUGUUGCUGCUGCAACUCAGGAAGAAAUGUUUAAAUGGAUUGAAGACCUGAAUCAUUUUAUCAACAUCAGUAAAGACACUUUGUAUCAAUCUCCUCUCACUAAUGGUGGCUCGUCAAGGCCUGUGAGCGAUCAAUCAAUGGACCAAUCCGAUGACUCUAGCUCGUCACGUAAUUCACUCGAUCCAUCGUCUAAUAAAUCUCACAAUAAUCAACAAAGAACAAACACUACAAUGCAUGUCUGUUGGCAUAGAAAUACAAGUGUCAGUGCUGAUGAUUACAAUAUAUCAUUGCAGAAUCAACUUUGUGGAUAUCUACUUCGUAAAUUCAAGAAUUCUAACGGUUGGCAAAAAUUAUGGGUCGUUUUCUCAAACUUCUGUCUUUUCUUUUACAAAUCACAUCAGGAUGAGUUUCCACUUGCAAGUUUACCGUUGCUUGGUUACUCGGCAACAAAUCCUAAUCCUGAGGAUAAUAUUCAGAAAGAAUAUGUGUUCAAACUACAAUUCAAAACUCAUGUUUAUUUCUUCCGAGCGGAAAGUCAGUACACAUUCUCAAGAUGGAUGGAGGUGAUUCGCAGCGCAACAGCUAAUACGAAGAGAGUUCGAUUAUUCAGCAGAAUGGAAAGUGUGAAAGCCUGAUUCAAGAUUGUCAACAUCUAACUAUUUUCCUAAAAUUUUAAGAAGUAUUUCUGACUUGUUUUUCGUUCUCGGUACUUUAAAUUUUCUCCUGUCAUAAUACAUUUAAACAUUGCGGUACUUAAUUCCAAAAUUGAAUUGAUUAAUGCACUGUAUUGCCUUUUUACUUGAUUUCUACCACUCUGCCUUUUGGUACAAGUUUCGGAAACAAUCAUUAUCUUUUACAAACAAAAUCAAACACAUAUUAUAAAAAAGGUUCUGUACAAAAGUCUGUGUGUAUAACAAAUAUACCAUGUACAGCGCUAUUUUUUGUGAUUCAUUUAUCCAAAAUCACCCAUAAUCAACUUCUGGUUUUCUAUCUUGUAUAAGCGUUUGAACUGUAAAAUGACGAUAAUUCCCAUACUUAAUAUUUUAUCAAAGUGUGCUUGAUAAUAUUUUUAACAUCAACUGGUAAAUAAUAAUCGGUACCAUUUGCCUUCUUAGUUUCAUUCUUUUUAAUAUUGCCAUAUAAUUAUGCUUGUUUGAUUCGACUGGAAAGGGAAUUUUACCUUGACUUCCAUUUUUAAAUGAAGGUUAUUUGAACUUGUGUGUAAUUAUUUUAAAUAUACCAACUUUUUUGUUUUUCAUGUUAAUAUAUCAUCCACUAUCUAAUUGUAAUCACUCCACUUUAUUGCGUCAUAGGUCGGGCCAAACAUAUUAUGCACUAUAUCUUUUAUAAUGAAGGCUUAUAUGCUAGACCCGAGUAUGGCACAAUAAUAAUCAUGUAUUGUAUAAAGACUGCCUUUGUAUAUUAAUUCUUGCACCUAAUUUUCGUUGUUAUCACAAUCUUUAUCUUUUUAUCUACCUUAUCAGUAACUUGUUCUAUGAUAUCGAUUCGAGUGGUUGUUUUUAAAAGUGUCAUUCCUGAUACUGAUUUCUGAUGGAAUACCUUUAUUUGCAGAAAAUGUACAAUAGAUUGCCCGCGCCUUUUCACAGAAAAACUGUUUUCUAACCAGGUUUUAGUAUUCAAGUUUAUACCACUUAAAAAUAUUUAUGGAAAAAAGAAACGGCCAGUUUUUCUUCGCUAUAAAACAUUAUGUGUACUUCUCGAUAUGUUGUGAACAUAAGUUGUGCCACUUCUUUCGUAACCCACUAUCAUUUAUUAUAGUUAAAAACAUAUGUGAAUCUCUGUGAAUAUCGCUGGAUUUAUAAGUAUUCUUGACAAUUGUAAAUCCUGACAAUUGAAGAUAAUAUACACUUGACAUUUAAGAAGAGCUAGUCUGGGUUUUAUCAGGUUUUAACAUAAUUUUUAUUUCUUUAAUUUUUGCUGUUCAGAUUCAGUUGAAAAUCUCUAAUUUUCGUUCUGGUAUGUAACCUCAAACGACUCAUCUCUGAUAAUUAUACAUAAUUCGUUUUUGUUGAGAAAUUGUGAUUUUCUUAUGCCUUUGCUGACCCACUUUUUUCGUCUUCUGCUAGUUUUUUAAAGUUUCCUUGUCAAAUAGUGUUUGAUAUUGCUGUAGGCUGUCUCUUUGUCGCUAGGUGGCUUGCGUUAGCUUAACGACGACUUGUUUCUGUGAAUAGCAGACAAAGUAUUCACUAAUGUAUAGUCAUCAUCCAUCAUGUAAUUGCCAUAAAUAAUUUUACCUGUUUUCAAUUAAUUUUACGAUUUUAUUCAAUGUUUUGGGAAAAUGAUCAAAAUGAGGUUGUUUCAUCUUCUGUGACUAGUGUUACUGUUUUGUGCUAUUUUUCUGCAAUGUUGUUUAAAUCAAUACUAAAUGAAAUAAAAUGAAUUGACAAA